ACUUGCUUUUUUCACUAACCUAAGGUAUUGAGUAUGACGACUUUAGAUCUUGAUUAGGUAUGUUUGUCCCACGCGGGCAUUAGAUAUUGUAGGUACGUAUAUUGCUGAUUACCUAUGUAAGUGAUGUCGGUCUGGUGCUACCUUAAUUUAUGUAACUUCACGUAUGUAGCACAAAGAUACCUCAACAAAGAGCCGGUUCCAAUGGGCUCGCUAUUCCUCCCCGAGACGGAAGCCACUUGUCCCAAGAGAGACUAGCGGGACCUGAACGUGUCCAAAUGACGGCAUCAAUGAUGCUGCGCCUGCCGAAGCAAAAAAAUUAAAAAAUAAAGCCCAUAUGAUUCAAAAGUUGCUUAUUUUCUACUGCCAAGAUUUUCGACAACAUCUAUUCACCGUUUCCUCUCAAACAGUCAUCACCCCGCCGUCGUCGAUACCCACGUAAAUCGACCCUUGCCGUGCUUAAUAGCUUUAUUUCUGAGCUAUCGAGGAUUUUUCCACGCUGUCGGCUUCUCGCAACGAAGAUUCGGUGAAGGAAAGAAGAUAUAUACCUAGAUACGCGGUUUUUGCAAUAGGGAGAAUAAAAGCUUCGACAGGCUUUUAUACCUGAACUGGAUAGGGAAGUGGAGCGAAGGGACUUUGUGCUGCUAGAGUAAAGGAUAAAGACGAAAGGAUGUCGAAACGAUCGAGCGGUGCGAGCAAUGGCGCCGCGGCCAAGGUCAACCAGACGAGCGUUGCGGAUGAGCCUUCGUAUAAGAAGCAGAAGGACCUUCUCUCGUCUACGGGCCAUUUCUCCUUGCUGAAGGCUUUGCAUAUGGCGGACUAUAUUACUGAGCUGAAUGGCGCUUGCGGCAUCCUGUCCGUCUUCUCUUCCCUGCGCUACUGCCUUGGCGACCCCGCGGACAAGACAAAUGUAUACCUCGCGCUUGCGUUUCUGCCUUUGGGGCUAUUCUUCGAUUUCAUGGAUGGUCGGGUUGCAAGGUGGCGGAAGAAGAGCAGCAUGAUGGGUCAGGAGUUGGAUUCGCUGGCGGAUUUGAUUUCCUUCGGUCUCGCCCCAGCCUGCGUAGCGUUUAGCAUCGGUCUGCGCACAACACUCGACCAGGUGUUCUUAGCCGCUUUCGUAUUAUGUGGUUUAACGCGACUAGCACGCUUCAACGUCACGGCAAAUAGCGGCGAUAUCCCCAAGGACGCAAGCGGAAAGGCCACCUACUUCGAGGGCACUCCCAUUCCCACGACACUAGGUAUCGACGCCCUGAUGGCGUGGUGGGUGAGCAAGGGCUGGGUUCUUGAUCAGGUCCCCGGCGGCACGCUAUUCGCAGGCACCAACUUCGAAGUCCACCCCAUUGUCGCCAUGUUCCUGAUCCACGGGUGCCUGAUGUGCAGUAAGACUCUACACGUACCUAAGCCCUAACAACGGUCUAUCAUUUAUAUCUCCCUCUCUGCCUUGUAUUAGCAGGUAGGCAGACCAGGAGAGUAGGCGGCAGGGUAACUUCAUACGGUUAGAUUUGGUUUUUUUUUCGGUUCGGCUCGGAGUGUCGGGGGAGAAUAAAUACCUACUCUACUUAUUUGUUAAUGGGAUGAGGUGUUUUGCCAUACGGCUAGCAAAAGGGGGGAGAAAGGAAACAUAAAUACUGCUGCGCGAGGAGGAGGAGAGCGGCGAGGGGGAGGCAGGAGAGAGAUAUUACGCAUAUAUUACGCAUGGGCAGACGAGCAUACGUAUAGAAAGAACACUUAUGGUAGACAGCAGAGCAGAGCAGAACAGAACAGAACAGAAGAGUGCGUUUGUUUUAUGUUAACUGGUGUAUCUUGAGGGUGUGCGUGUUUUCCUUUGCUGACUUAGUCUUGUCGGUUGUAUGGAGCCAUGGCUUACUUUGAACGGGCAUGUUCUUUGGUUAGGGGGUUAGAAGAGAUUACUCAAGUCGCGUAGAGAAUAAAGCAGAUAAGGGCAGGUAGUUAUGUUAGUCGGCAAGAUUACGAAUACUAAACUUGCAAGUCUUGCCAUCUACCCCUUUUUUACUUGGGUAUACAUGAUUGUUACCCAGAGGCGGACUGGUCCUAUGGGUUGGGAUGUAGUAUGUAUGUAUGUGUAAAUAAAUAUCACG